AUGCAUCCAAAGACCGUGCCACGGGAAAUGCCGCCCGAUGAACAGAGUCUGGCACUUCUACAGGCUGCAUGGGCCAAGCUGGACCCACUGAACAAGGGAACGAUUGCGGCGACCCAGAUGUUAGCUGCGGUGGACGCCAUUGAGGCUAGCUUCGGAAUGGUCCCGGGCAAAUUCAUUUCGCGACGCGGAAGGAAGGUCAUUGCAGAUUUCGCGGACGAAAACCCCAGGAAGCGAGUCACACUGGAAAAGAUGGUCAGGUUGUUUGAAGCCUUUGACAAGUCUGUGGAGAUGGAAGGGGAGCAGUCAGUCUCAGGGUGGAUGUCACAAAAUGAGGAUUACUCAGACUAUUAUGGAGACGCUCAAAGGGUGUCUGAAAUACAGACACCCGGCCCAGAGGUGGAUGUUGGGGCAAGCCCUCCAGUAAGUCCCAAAGCCAGUUCGCUUCACACAGAGGGGUUUGGUAUGGACCGAGAACAACAUGGUUUUCCUGAUAUUCUUGGUGAGCUUCCCGAUAUCCUGCCUGAAUUGGAUCACCCGAGCCCCACGAGAACAACGCAAUAUGCCCCAUUUCAAACCACGAGUGCAUCAUCCCAUGUGAAGUAUGUCCCAACCAACGAAGGAAGAUCCACGAGUGCUACGACCAACUACAAGCCUUCCACCAUCUCGCCAAUGACACAAAGAGGAUCACUCACAUCGCCACAACGAGCUUCUCGCCGUGGAUCCACUGCUUCCAGCAGACCCACCACAUUGAACUCCACACAGACCCUGGGCAAUGAGUCUUCUCGUGAUGGCUUUUCCAUGAGUGACAGAAGCUUCAACAGAAGUACACCUCUACGCCCAAACCGACGGAGCUGGGCGAAGUCCAAUGACGAAGCUUUCUUUGAACGCAUGCGAAAAGAUGAUGACGAUGGUGAUGAUGAUGGUGACUUUUCAAUCAGCAUGGCAGACGGUGACACGGACUCACUCAUGAGGAUCAACCAUAAGCAUAUGAAUGAACUACACCAGUUGAGAAACUACGCAGCCUUCUGUGAGACUCAAAUGGAGGAUUCUGAACUGCGCCACGUUGAUCUGGAAGCUUCGAUACUGGCGAAGACGAAGGAGUGCCGAGAGCAUGUCUCCAGAACAAAGGCUCACCAGGAAGGUCUCGAGCAAGUGUCACAAAUGAUCACCGAGUUGACAGAAAUUCUGGGUCGUAAGCACAAGAGAAAUUCAAGGACGGGCUCCAUCUCAAGUACACCAGAUUCUGACGUGCUGGAAGCGUACAAGAAUCGACUUGAGGUACAGUUGGAAGCAUUGGGAAAAUCCGGGGAGCUACAGGAAGCGGAAAUUAAACGCUUGACAACAGAGAAGAUCGAGCAGCAACAAAAGGUUGAGGCUCUGGAAGCCCAGAUCAAAUCGCUGACUGACAGCCUGACCAAGGUCACCGACAAUGUUACCACUAUGAAGGCUAACAAAGAGCGGGAGGACUUCUUAGACUUCGAAGCUAGGCUCAACAACCAAGAUCCAAGCGACUUCUCUUCCAUUAACGAAAUCUUGGAGCAGCAGAACCUCAUCAUCAACGAUCUCAAGGAGAAACUGCUUGAGAAAGAACAGAAGGAAGAACCCAAGGAUAUCAAGACGGAAACGGUUGCUCACGUUGAGCAGUCAACCAUUUCCACAGGGCUUAAGAAUGCCUUCACCAUUAUUAUCAUGGUCAUAGCUUUCCACCUCAUUUCGGAGAUCUUCUUCCCUUCGAACUUACCUGAAGGCGUUCUAUGGUGGAUGAAUGCCCCCGCUCCCAUCGAGCGAGUGUUUGGUGCUCUGGAUGCUUGGGUCGCCCGUCACGACGACUUCAGAAUGCCUAUGUAG